ACGAGAAUCACGAGCUCAGUCGCGUUGUUUCGUUUCGAUCCACCGAUUCGUUUAAGUUUUUUCCAGAUGCGUUCAUAAUGCAUAAUUAUUUCCAUUUAUAUAAAUAAUUAUUUAUAUUUUUUUAAAUACUGAAACUCAUUCCAAUUAAUAAUAAAAUUGUUCAGUGAUUCCCUAGCAAAAAUGAUGUCUUAUUAAUUGUAAUUCAAGAUAAAUGUUCUCGUUUCAUUAUAUAUUGAUAUAAUUUCAUAUAUUAUUAGAAAAUAGUUGAAAAUAAAGAUUAAUGAAAAUAAUUUUGAAUACCUGAAACUAUUAAUUAACCAUUCCAUAUUUUUAAUGUGGAUUACAAGAACAAAAAGAUGUUGCAUCGCAAAAUUUCAGUGUUUGAAACAAUGAUAAACAGAAGAAGAUUAUUUCAUCAGUGAAUCGUGUACGAAAUCAACGGAUAAUUCGAGAGAAAAUAAGAAUAUAAUAAUAAUAAUAUUUAAAGAUCUUUAAAAGUGAAACCUCGGAGACAACUGAAACGAGAGGAAUGUGACUGGAUCGUCUAAACGUGACCAUGAUGACACGACAAGUCUAGAAUUGGAAAGAGAAGAUGCAUUUGAUUUUACUCUGGGCGUUGGUCGCCCUAAUUGGGCACGCAGAGUGCAAAUGUAGUCUAGCACCGAUUGUAAAUGACGAACGGUCGAUCGCCUACGUUUGCACUCAUGGCGACCUGAAUGACCUCGAUGAAGUUUCUAACGAAGCAGAUUGGAUUGAGUUCACGGUAUCCCGUAUUCAUCUUAUAUCAGACAAUAUGUUCUGGCGCUUCAAAAAUCUCAGAAGACUUUCUUUUUACAAUUGUCAUAUCAACUUCAUCGGUCCUAAUGCUUUUUCUGGCUUAAAUAGGCUAGAAUGGCUGAUAUUCCAUGGGACUAAGAUUCAUAUAAUUAAGACCGAUUGGUUUCGUCCUUUGACAAACUUGAGGAAGCUUAUUUUAGAUAGAUGUGGCUUAGUACAUAUCGAAUCUGAUGUAUUCCGUAUGCUGCCCAGAUUAGAAGUUCUAGGCUUGCGCGAUAAUGAUCUUAACUGCUUAUCGAUCGAGGAACUAUCUUAUCUGCAAAAUCUCAGGAUUGUACGUAUUGAUGGAAACCCCUGGCUCUGCGAGUGUCAACAAAAAUUGAAUAAAUAUUUCCGAUCUCGAUCUAUUGUCCAAGAAGUGGAAUGUUUGAGACAAAUUAAUAUUUGUAAAAAAUAUCAAUGUAUGGCACCCAUUGGAGUUCCGAUUCUUUCUUCUGUUCCGACACAACAGUUUUAUAACUUUAAUAAGCAACAUAUGAUGAUUCAUGGAAAUGAAUUUCAAACAAAUGUGCUCACUUCUCUAAACAGACUUCCAGAUAAAACUACAUGGAUACAAAUUUCUGGUUUGAUAAUGGAUACGUUGCCAAAAUAUAUUUUUUUCAGAUUUGGAAAUAGUUUAAAAAAUUUGGAUUUGAAUGACUGUCGGAUUAAUAUGAUCGAAAACGGAGCUUUUGCAGGUUUGCAUAAAUUACAACGGCUUUCUUUGAUUGGUAAUCGAUUACCUAUUUUGAGUACUAAUUGGUUUCGAGAUUUUACCAAUCUUCAACAAUUAAUUUUACAACGAAAUAAAAUAGAACAAAUAGAAAGAACCGCUUUAUGGCAUGUGAGAGAUACUUUACGAUAUCUAGAUAUUCGAAACAAUUUGCUUCAAUGUAUAGCUAUUGAAGAAUUGACUGAAUUGAAAAAAUUAGAGAGAUUAGAUGCUAUGGGUAAUCCCUGGCUCUGUAGCUGUCGAAACAAUCUCCAAGAUUUCCUUAUUCAAAAAAAUAUUGGUUUCGAAAUUAACACAGGUCGAUGUGACGAGAAUGAAAACGAAAUUUUAAAUAACAACAGCAAUUGGCAUCAGCAACAGACAACUGUUCAAAAUACUUUAAUCACUGGAAAAAUACAUUGGACUUCCUUUGAAGAUAGUAUUAAACAAACAAAUAUAUCGAUAUUACAACCACCUCUUUUAUCUCCUCCAUCAGAAAUUCAUAUAGUUACAUCGCAACCUCCUAUUUAUACAGGUACGUGCUAUCCAGAAAAAAUUAAUGAAAAAUCUAGAUCGAUUUAUACUUGUCGAGGUAUUACAUCUAUUGAGGAAUUGAAUCUAAUACCUUCAACAACACACACAAUUCGAAUUAUUUUAUCUAAAAUCAAGAAACUUCCUGAAAAUACUUUCACACGCUUCGAUGGUUAUUUAUCAAGAUUGGAAUUUCGAGACUGUGGUAUUGAAAGAAUUGAAUCACGCGCCUUUUCGAAUCUUCAUAAUUUAGAAUAUUUAUCUCUUCGAAAUAACCAACUUGAAUCUAUAAAUGCAGAUAUGGUUCAGGGUAUUUACCUGCCGUAUCUUAUUAAUUUAGACAUAUCUGAAAACAAUAUAAAUUGCAUUGGUGUUGAAUAUAUGGCCCAUAAAUUACAUUACUUAUCAUCUCUGGAUGUUUCUAAUAAUCCUUGGAGUUGUCUAUGUGGUACCAAAUUAGCAGAAUUUUUAAAUGAACGUGGUAUAAAAUACGAUAAAACAUUAUUCCUGUUGAAAGAAGAUUGUUAUUCCUCAUUUAGACCUGAUAUUAUUACCAACUCAUCAAUUCUAGUGACGACUGAUAUUCCUCUUUCGAAUGAAACUAUUAAAGGAUCCUGUACGAUUCAUGAAGAUACAACAGGAAUUCGAUACCGAUGUACAGAUGGUAAUUUGUUGUUAUUGCAAUCAAUACCAUUAGAUGUCAUUGCAAUCGAAUUUAAUGAGGGACAUCUACCGCGAUUAUCUUUAGAAUCUUUUUCAAAAUUUAUAAAUUUGCAAGAACUCGUUAUCAGAAAUUCUGGAUUGACAAUAAUAGAGCAUGGUGCAUUUAAUAAUUUAAAUAAAUUGAACAACUUAACCAUUCAGGAUAAUCCUCUGGAAAUGAUAGAAUCUUCUUGGUUUAAUCUGGGAAAUUUGGAAAGAUUAGAUUUACGCGGUAAUUCAAUUAAGUAUAUCGAAUCUGGAUCAUUUCGCUAUCUGAAUCGAUUAACGUAUUUAAAUCUGGAAGGGAAUGAUUUAAAAUGUAUUUUUACCAGCGAUUUGAAUGAUAUGCCUAAUGUAUAUAUUAUUGAAUUUUCUGGAAAUCCAUUGAAAUGGAGAUGUAGAGUUGAAUUGGAACAAUUUUUAGAAGCUCGAAAAAUUAAAUUUAUAAAAAUUGAGAAUUCUUGCGAAGGUAAAAAAUUGGUGAGGAAUCUAUUGCAAAAUAAAACUGAUGGAUCUUUUGAUUGUCCAUCCGAAUGUUCGGCAGCUAUUAACAUUGAUCGAUAUUUAUCUAUUUUAUUUAUAUUACCAAUACUAAUAACACUAAUUUAUUAAAAAAAUAUUAUAAUCGAUACUUAAGUAUAGUAUAAUGAUCUAUUCAUUUUUUGUUGUAAAAUACAUUUUGCAUACUGUUGUUCAAAUAAUUCAAAUGUUUAAAUGUACUUGUUAUUAUUUUUUUCUUAAUCUUAAUUAAUAAUUUAUAUUAAAAGAAUAUGAAAAUAUUAAAAGAAAUUUUGUAACGUAAUGUUUAAUAAAUAUAAUGCAAAAAUAAAGGAAUUAAUAAUUGUUAAUAAAAGAUUAUCAA